AUCGUGCUGUGGGUGUGUCUUAAAUCAUAGGGUUUCAUUCAUAAAUACGUCUAGCUUUUAAAUCAAAAUUAAGCUGUUCGAGGAAGAUUGUGCGCCAUUGGUUUCUGUCUAAAUAUCCCUGCAUGGACCACAUGAAUUACAAUUAGGGGGACGCUGACGUUUCGCCUGGACCAUGAGCAAUGAGUCUACCGUAUGGAAAAACCUGACAGAAACCACCACCAUUAUACCCCAGGAGCCCGACAAGCAGGACGGCUAUGUGCUGCUGUUGGUCCUCCUGUCCGUGUUCGUGGGCGGAGCGCUGGUUUUGCUCUCGGUCACGCUGAUCGUGUGUCGUCACUGCUGCAAAGGAGGCCGCUGCUUUUCCAGUGAUGAUCCAGAGAAAACCAACGUGACGUACCAGGAGGAACCUCAGCCAGGACCGGAGAUCACCAUCCAGGUGGACGAGGCCGAAUGCCUGUCCAUCUCCAGCUGCCACGAUGUGGAGACGGAGCGUUUCCUCUCGACCGGGACCACCGGGCGGCGCGUCUCCUUCAACGAGGCGGCACUCUUCGACCACGGCAAGAAGACGCAGGAGAAAGGCCGCAGGUACACCCUUACUGAAGGGGACUUCCAUCACCUGAAAAACGCCCGACUGACGCACCUGCAGCUCCCGGCAUCCGCCCUGAAGAUCGUCACCAUCCACGAGUGCGAGUCGUCUGACAACAGCAUCGCAAUGGCCACGUGCCCUCCCGUGAAAUCCAGCCUCUCCAUCUUCCGGCCGCCAGUGUGUGCACUUCCACAGACGGCCUUGACGGGCCUGACCAUCAGCCUGAGCUCCCCCCUCCCUGGAGACACGCUCAACUCGAUGGUGGACACCAGCUUCAGUCAGGGCCCCCCGUCCGCCGGCUCGGAGGCCCCUUGCUCUGGCGCUAUUGAGGCGAUGGGAGCCGCACCCUGGACUGCCAACAGCCUGGGCAUCGCCGGAGACGGGGCCCCGGCCCCUGGCACCCCCCCGCCUGGCGGCUCCGGUCAGGGCCACAUGCUGCAGUUCUUCACCAAGCUGCGCCGCCACGCCAGUCUAGAGGGCUCCAGUCCCUACUUCAAGAUCAAGAGGUGGAAACUGGACAGCAGCCAGAGAGCCUCCAGCCUGGACACCAGGGGGUCCCCGAAGCGGAGACACUUCCAGCGACAGCGUGCCGCCAGCGAGAGCAUGGACCAGGAGGAGCACGAGAGCCAUCGUGCCGACAUCAUCCAGUACAUAGCGCGCAGGCAUGACCCCGCCUACUGCUGUGGAGUCCCCGCCCCCAGCUUCCUGUCCCCGCCCUCCAACCCGCCUCCCUCCCUCGGCAGGUUAGAGGUUGAGGUGAUGGUGGAGCCCAGCUGUAGUGGAGGGAGAGGAGUGAUCGGCGCCUCCCCGGAACCUCAGGAGGAGGGGGCGGAGGCGGGUGCAGCCUGGCGGCUGGAGAGCAUGGAGCCCCAGAUGCUUUACCGCGACAUCUGGACCCUGCGGGCUUCGCUGGAGCAGUACGCCUCAUCCGACCAGAGCAGCAACAAUGACAAGGAUUCUGUGCGGAGCGACGCCGACAGCGUCUGCUCGCUGGGGGGCGGCUCCGAGAGGCGGGGGCUGCCCAGCUACCCCUCGCAAGACGUUGGGGAUGAGCUGGAGGGGGAUGUGGAGGUGUGCGGCGAGGAGGCCCAAGGCAGGGGGGGUAAGCAGGACAGUGUGGACUCAGAAAGAGGGAGUGAUGGGGAGUCAGGGAACCGGAAGCUGCUUCAGAUGGACAGCGGGUAUGCCUCCAUCGAAGCUCCCUGCAAGGCCCCGGAGGAGCUGCGGCUGUUCGGCAGUUUGGGCAGCCCCAAGGACAAAACGGCGUCCGAGAAGCGGCGGUUCUUCACCAGCGCUGGGCGCAAGGGCACCGUGUGUGAGAGUUUCGAGGCCAGCCUGGAGGAGGAGACAGAGGACGAGGCCGAGAGCCCCAUGGGCUGGUCGCCGUACGGCCAGAUGUUCACCUCGCGGGAGCCGGCGCAGCGCCUCCGGCGGCGGGACUACAGCAUCGACGAGAAGACGGACGCGCUCUUCCACGAGUUCCUCCGGCACGACCCCCAGUUCGACCAGCAGGAGUCGCCGCUGCGAUCUAAGCACCGCUCCCGCGUGCACCUGCGCAAGCAGUGGCAGCGCUCCAAGCAGUACAGCGACCCCGGCGUACGCUUGGCGCUGCCCCUCGACCGCCAGCGCAGCCCGCUCCGCCGCGGCGACAGCGUCAACUACCCGCUCGACACGUGCUACCAUAGCACGCUGCCGCGCAUCGUCAGCGCCCCCGACGAGGAGGCCAGCGAGGGCGCGUCCAGCGCCGGCGAGCCUGAGUGGGCGGAGCCUGAGGAGGGCAGGCGCAAGGUCAGUCCAAGCAGCAGCGGCAGCAGCCGGACCAUCAAGGAAGAAGAGGACCGGUUAUCCUGCUCGCCUCCUCCUGGUACCGACGGCGCACUGGAGCAGCCCGAGGAUGGGCGGCAGCCCAAGCACCCCCCCGAGCCACCUGACGAGCGGCUGGCCCCGCCCCCUCCCAGCUACGGGCCGCAGACCAUCACGGCCGAGCUGACUGAUAAGCUCACUGCCAAUCUAGAGGAGAGGCUAUACACCAGCCUCCGCAAAGCCAAGGACAGCCCCGAGUGCAUGGUGGCCGUCACGCGCGCCUCUCCUGACCACAGCCCAGUGUAGCGGGACUCUGCUUUCCCCUCCAGCUGCUCCUCACAGAUUCUUCAAUGUUAAUUCCACUCUCUGGCUGUCCGGCGUCCCCCCCUAGAUGAAAGAUGACCAGUUGGAACAAUCCAGAAACCUACUCGUGUCUUAUGUUUCUUUAAUUCUUUUUUUUGUUUCUUUUACUGCUGUAUGCCUUUUCCCAGUGUGGUAAGUGAAAACUUAAGGAACGUACGUGCCCUGUGUACUAUUCAUUCCACUGUGAAAUCGGGUGCUAUUCGAAUUGGGUCGGACCACUGCGGUGAGGAGGUGUGACCUACUGACAGACGCCUGGGCUAGAUUGUCAGUGCUGUGUUGCAGGUGGUCUUAAGGGCCACUAUAGCUUAGCUUAUGGUAACAAUUCAGUUUAGGGUCGAUGCUCAACAUAGCCAUUGAAAAGGGCUUAUUAUUAAUAAAUAAUAUAAGUAUUUAAGGACUUAUAAAUGAAUAUUAACUAAUUCAUAGAUCUAUUUUUUUUUCUUAAAAUAUUCUACUUAUACAUUGACCAUAUAGAAUAAGGUUUAACAUGUUAUUUUUAAUUAAGACCCCUUUUAAGAAUUUGUAUCAAACCUAUAUGAAAUAGAGCUAUUGGCACUUCAUUCAUUAACUAUUUUUGUCGCGUUAAACCCAUUUUAAGACAAGUCAGUAAGGAUUUAUUUUGCUUCGUAUUUAUAUAUAAUUUCAGAGGGCACUGGAACAGACAAUCACAAAAAGGGUUUAUUGAGAAAUUAUUACACUGUAUCUAAAUCAUAUGCCUUUUAUUUGACAAUACAUCUUUCCAUUUAAUUUUACGGGCAGCUUAUAUGUACAGAUCCACUCCCCAGUCCCAUACCAUCUGUUGUCUAGGAGGUAUUACGUAAAAAGAUUAGCUUAUUAGCGGAGUGUAGAAAAAGAGCGUUUGGACAAUUGCAUCCAUCCAUCUCUUCACGCGCGGUGAAAGUGCUCCGACUGUGUCGUUUUUGUCCCCCUCUGCGGUCAGUGGGAGGGUCACUCUGCAGGGUGAGCACUAGUGAAUAACACAUUACUGCAGCCGUGGGCACUAGAGCAUGUGUGGCAUUGUAUUUUAUCACAGCGCAUUUUAGACAAGCCCGUAUUACAUUUAUGUACGUUAUGC